CUUCACAAUCGAUAUAGUUUGGUACGGGCUUAAGGGGUUAGGCCAGUCUAGGAUUUUCAAAAAAUCGAAAUUUUUUUUUUUGCUUAAAGUACACUUUAGGGUCCUAAAAACAUUAUUCAAUUGGUAGAAUAGUGACAAAAAAUUUUUUCCCUGUCCAAUCCGCUGUAGUGUCGAAGCGUUCGGAGCGGGCGACAAGCGCAUUUUCUACCUGCCGCGGCGGGCUUCCUUUUGUCCCCUUUUUACGACUCUUACCCUCUGCACUAAUGUACCAACGGGGCCUGAGGGCUCUAAUGGUUCCUCAAAAGGUCGUUAGGAAGUGCUAGUUCAUCAAUACAGCUGUAUGUGUGGGCUUGUGUGUGGGUCAGUCAGCUGAAAAACGACGCCACGCGUGGACGCUUCUUUUUGUUUUCGUUAGUUUUUCUGCUUUAACGAAUUACUUUAUUGACUACAGUGGUUUUUACUGAUAAACUAUCAUUGUUAACAAUAUGAGUGAAUUAUCAACAGAUGCCAAGCCCAAGCACGAUCACUGCCCGAGCGGAGAAAAUUCGUGGUGCUCGUGGCAAAGGGCCAAGACUACUGGAACUUUGGACGAAUACACAUAAACCACCUUUACAUGAAGAAGUAUACAAGGCUAUAACUCCAAUUUAUGAAAAAUUAACCAGUGAUGACCUACUCACUCAUUGCAUAGGCGGCUUCACUCAAAACAGUAAUGAGAGUUUCAACGCUACAGUAUGGUCGAUGGCCCCGAAAGUGACAUCCAGUGGCAAAAAUGUACUUGAUACAGCUGUAUAUAUUGCUGCAGGUACUUAUAAUGAUGGCCUCAUAAGUGCCAUGAGAGUCAUGCAGAACAUAGGCAUCAAAAUUGGGCCGAAUUGCUACAAUUACUGUCAAGAGACUGAUCAAAACCGCAUCAAAUUAUCCGAUCGUUCGCUCUCAGAUGCUGCAAGAAGGUCUCGAAUCGAACAGAAGGCAUCCAGAAAGGAAGAAGAUGAGUUCUACGUAUCCAUGGAAGGUGAAAUGUACGGCGCAGGCAUCGCAGACUGAAGAUAGCACGAGUUCCUAGAAUCACCGUCGCCCGUAGAGGCCCUCUUGAAAAAAGUGAUUCCGAAGAUUGGCCCAGUAGCCGCCAUUUUG